AUGAUGGCGAGAACAAAUAUAACGGGAAGUGGAACACAUACGCAAGCAUUCGAAGAAUCACUAUGCUCCUCGGUUUGGGUAGGUGAGUUUAAACAGCAGUCCAUUUCACUCUCAGCAGUCAACAUUCUUCUCUCCAUCACAGCAACUCUUGGGAAUUCUCUUAUCCUUGUUGCCCUUCACAAGGAAUCUUCUCUCCAUCCGCCAUCCAAACUCUUGUAUCGUUGUCUGGCAACAACUGAUCUGUUGGUUGGUCUUGUUGCCCAGCCUAUCUAUGCUGCCUAUUGGAUGUCCGUGGUUCACGAACACUGGAGUCUUUGCCGAUUCUCAUUUUACGCAAGCGGCGUAACAGGCUAUGCGUUAUGUACAGUUUCCAUGUUGACGCUGACGACCAUAAGCGUGGACCGACUUCUCGCCAUGUUGCUUGGACUGAGAUACAAAGAGAUUGUAACUUUGAGGCGCACAUACAUCAUUUUAGCUAUCUUUUGGAUUGUAUCUCUAGUCUCUGGCUUGUUCUUUCAUCUUUAUUACCGUAUAACUUUUUGGAUCAGUGUUACAGUUGCACCAUUAUGCCUAGUUAUCUCGAUCGUCUCGUACACAAAGAUUUUUCGCGCUCUCAGUUAUCAUCAGGCUCAGAUACAAAAUUAUACUCAACAACAGCCGAGCCAACAAAAUGCACUGAACAUGGCGCGGUAUAGAAAGGCAGUGUACAGUGCACUGUGGGUGCAGUUAGUAUUAGUUGUUUGUUAUGUACCAAACAUAACAGUGGAAAUUGAGAUAUCUUUGAGUUUAAAGGGAUUAUCGAAUUUCAUCGUAAUCAGGGGAAUAACAAAUGUCUUAGUGUUAUUUAACUCUACUUUAAACCCGUUCCUUUACUGCUGGAAGAUAAGUGAAGUGAGACAAGCAGUAAAGGAGACAAUCAGACAAGCAAUCUGCUGUGCAUAUGGGUACACCUAUUUUAACGUUGGCAUGUAAAUUAUUUUCCAUACCUUGUAUGAAAAAUUAUAGACUUUAGGAUAGAGGGGAAGAUAUGCCAUUUCAUUAUAAAGGAAAAAGUAAGGAAAAAUAGGAAGAGCUACCUCUAAAUAGUAUAUUGUAUUCGGAUUAUCUAACGAGAAACUAACAGGUGAAAAAUUGUGGUUUAGUAGCCAUAAUAAACAAUGACAUGUCUCUAAUUUGCGCAUUUGUGUAAUGCGUUUAGGAUUUUCCUUUGCCAUCAAGACUUGAUGAGAUAUGUCACCUGAGCUCAAUAAUGUGGUUUAGUGAUAACGUGCUGUUAACGAAGCCAGCCGCUCAAUUUUGUCAUGAUUGGAAAUGAGCCAUAAUGUUUCACAACGAAACUUUGUAAAUUAAAGAUGCGGAUUUUGUUAAUAUCUGUGUAAAGAAACAGAAGGAAAUGCUUAGAAAGCAAGUUAUCAUCUCUAUUUCAUAUAGAGUUAUCGUUUGAGACCAAUCGUUUGCCUAAGAUUAAGCUCGCAAAUUAUAUUAUUAUUCGUUUUACUAGCUGAAAGCGUUAACAGGCUGUGUUGUCACUCGAUAAGCUGUCAAUAAAAGCUGUGAUGCAGCAAAAGCUGUGAUUACGAGUGACUACUACAGAUAUUUUCUUCGAGUCAGUAGUGGAGCCUCUUAUUACGAAAGAGGAAUCGAGAGAAAAAAUGAAUGCAAUCACCUGUUGUAUACAUAACAGCUUUAAUUGUUACUUCGAUAAUGUUUUGCAAAGGUUUCUGUAGCUUCAUGCUUUGCGCAUUUGGUAGCAAAACUGUGUUAUAAAAGGCUAGUUUUGUUUUAAAAAAAUUAAUAAAAAAAUUUAAAAAUUAAAAAUAAAAAUAAAAACCAUGGCUAAAAUAACAUGGUAUCGGGGACCAUAGAUUCAUCCGAGUGAAGUUUUAUAAUUGCUUCCUAACCGAGUAACAUCUACGCUGCAACCCUUUUGUUUUUCAGUCUGCCGUCCCGUGAUCACUGCAUUGGCAUAAGCACUUCGUCAUCUGUCAAUAGCUUUCAGCGAAGGUUUUCCUUAGCCAAACACUGAUUUUUUUUCACCAUUUAUUUUGACACAAUUGCCAUAGAGAGUAUGAAUUUGUCCCUGUUAUGAGAUGCCAUUUCCGCAUUGUCAUUUACCAGUUUGAUAAACAGGUAAGUAGGACAAACAGACAGCUUUGUUCUAUAGCAAAAUUCCGCCUUAAAAUCUGAGAUAAUUUGCACACAAAUCGUCUCCCGUGAGUGGAAUAUUUGAAUUAAUAUCGUUUGAGUAACAUUUCCACCCUCGGAUCUAUCUUGAGACCUUCUGGGCUAUAAGGCAGGAUGAAUUGUCGUAAAAUUUCUUUCGCUGAACAACUGAUUCCCUUUUAGGAUCGUUAUUUUAUGCAAGGCACACAUGCUAAUCUCUGGGGUAAUUAUGAUAUGUUUUGCGGUACAAAAGACACUUGAGAUCGUUUGUGUAUUUCAAAUAGGGUAAAUGAUACCGUCUGAAUGCUUGAGUAUAUUUUUAUUAUUAAAAGGUGAGGUUUAAGCCACAGUGGAUGUGAAGUUGUUGUUGUGAAGGCGAAAUAUCUCUGUUAUAUCCGAAUGUUAUAUCCAAAGAAAAGUAGAUACUGAUGAUGCCGACCACAAAUUUAGCAACAUUUGAAAGGCAAACAAAAAAAUUUGAAGACCUAGUUUGCUCGCCAUCAUUGGCAGGUGGAUUGCAACAACAAUCAGUUUAUUUCACGGCGGUCCACAUUCUUCUCUCACUUAUGGCAUUUUUGGGAAACUUUCUCAUCCUUAUUGCCCUUCACAAAGUAUCUUCCCUUCGUCCACCGUCCAAAGUCUUGUAUUACUGUUUGGCAGCAACUGAAUGUCCUUGGCUCACGAAGAGUGGUAUCUUUGUCGAUUCGCAUACAAAGCAACGUACAUAACAGCCUAUGUAUUAUGCUCAGUGUCUUUGUUGACAAUGGCGGCCAUAAGCGUGGACAAACUUCUCGCCCUGUUGUCGGAGCCAAGAUACAGACAAAUUGUAACUUUAAAGCGCACCUACUUCAUGGUAGCAACCUUUUAGGUACUGCUUGGUGUCGCUGGUUUAUGCUACAUUUUAGACUACCGAAUAGAUAUGUGGUGUGGCCGUAUAAUUAUACCAUCUUGCCUAAUAAUCUCAGCCGCCUCGUACACAAAGAUUUUCUGCGUUCUCAGUCAUCACUAGGCUCAAGUAGAACAACAACAACAGAGCCAACCAAAUCCACUAAACAUUUUGCGAUAGGCAGUGUAUAGUGCACUAUGGGUGCAGUUAGCAUUAGUUGGUUGUUACUUGCCAAUAGGCAUAUCGGGAAUUGUGAUCGCAUAUAGUAAUACAUACUCAUCACAUUUAAUCGUCACCUGGGGAAUGGCACUUGUUUUAGUUUAUUUUAACUCGGCUUUAAACCCCGUCCUUUAUUGUUGGAGAAUCAGUGAGAUGAAACAAGCAGUAAAGCAGACAAUUAGCCAAGCAUUGUGCUGUCCAUUGAAUUAACUCUCCUCUGACUUACACAAGUAUCAAUACUGAAAAAGCUGAUUGAUGAAAUUACGGCUGCAGGAAGAGAAGAAACGAUUUUAUCAGUAGAAGCUGUCAGGUUUAGAUCUAUUGUCUUUUUCUAAUGAUCAAGGGUAAGGUAAAGAAUCGCAAUACCAACCAUACCUCACCAGUAAUGUGUUUAUAAUGGUGAUAACAACUUACAUAUUUUAGAAACAAACUUGAUGUUUGAUUUCACUAUCUAAUCCAAUAUUUUUUGGCACUAUAGAUGAAGAAAAUAGAAUAAGUAAGAUGAUAAAUUUUGAGUCUGUCAGGUGCGUAAGAUGAAGAAGAAAUUCUGAGUCCUCCACAGGAAAGUAUUGGAAAAAUUUUCGCCAUAACCAUCACGGAUGGACGCAAAAGCGGGUCACUGGAUUGAAAGGAGACAAAGUUAUGAAAAUGUUUUCUUGUCCAAAUAUUGUAUCACCUGCGGAAAUGAUGUAAUGAUGUGAAUGUUCCUGGUUUCCAUAGCACGGCCAUUAGUGCCUGUCUCUCAAAAAUCGUUCUCCCCUCUUACCUUGAUAUGAAAUUUCCCUAAUGAAAAUAAAAAUAUCAUUCGCUACUAAAAACACAUCUUUUCAAGUUUGAAAUGUUCGAUAUGAUAUGAUCACUAUCCAUCUAAGAACCAGCAAGUUACAAGUUUCGAUCAAAAUUUUUACUCGAGGUAAAAUAUCUUGAAUUAUCCAUCAGAAUCGAAUUCAGACUAGGAUCAUUGUUUUUAACACGGUCUUAAAGUUAGAUUGAUAACUGAAGGGGAAUAUUCUUGAGUUAUCUAAUGAGUAGAAAAAAUAUUAGCCCCAAUCAGUUGUCAUGUGUAUUUAAAAAAAAACCGUUCCCCAUCUUAUUUCCAAAUUCGCUAUGUAACAAAGGAAAAUAAUCGAAAAGCAAAUUUAUGCAGAAUGCAAUUUCUCGCCCUAGUAAACCAACUUCCACUUUUGAGUUGGAUCAUUUAGAAUAGAGUGGAAUGAAAACGAAUGAAUGAUGGAUAAAAACGCAAUGAAAGAAGUACGUAAGAUUUUUUUCCCGCGCGUUGCAAAACAUUUGAAGGGUUAUAAACAAAAUAACCUGUAAUGACUCGAAAAUAUGCUCGAUCGUAUGUUAGUCUGUACGUAAAAGCUCACAGUUUUCUCAAGCUUCGCUCAGAAAAACGUUUGUGACUAUCUCUUUCACAACCUUCACUAAUUUCAUUCAAACGCGACAAAACAUACGCAACUUUUUUGGUCAGAAAUUCAUUUUAAACUAACGACAACCUGGAACUUUCAAAAGCGCUCGCUCACGAUGCAAAACUUGGGAAAUGUCUGACCCAAGAGAUACAUCAAGAUUACUGAUCACUUCACGUAAACCUCCGCCAAUGUCAUCUACUGCAUAACUUACACUUAUUUCAAAAAGUUAUACAUCAAUGAAUUAGAAAGACGACUAGGUGACCGAUUCUGAGAACACCUUCGCGACGUAGAAAGAAAUGACAAGGACGCAUCCAAACUAGCCGCUUGACUCUUGAAUCUCAUUGCGGCGUUUCCUUACAUCUAGUCAGUCCGGAAAGCCACAAAACUCUGGAGCAAAAAUUUAUCUCUCAAAUCGGCAUUCUUAAUGAUCAGGGUAUCAACGAGCGCUUUUCAUUCCAGUAUCUCUAUUUUCUGCAUAUAAACACAACCCACAGUCCCUCCAUUCGCUCUGACGAAGCGCCAGCGCUCGAAACGUCAGUUUUGAAACUCUUUCCGGUGGCCAAUUUCUGUUAUGCUGAUUAUACUAAAUUACCCUGUUCCAAGCUAUGUGAGUUGAAACCGCAAUUCAAUAUCAUCAAAAGAAUUUAGAGCAAAAGAAAAUCGUUUACGUGGCAGCUAAAGGUUAUCACAUAUUUUCUAGUGCAGUAUGGAAUAGAUAGGCGACAGGAAUUUUCUAAAUAACCUGCUAAACUGUACGAGCCUGUAAGGCAAAUCCAGUUUGAUACGUUUAAUAGAUAUUCAGAUGUUUUUCAUGGGAAAAAAACGAGAAAGCAUCUCACAAUUAGUGUAUAGAAGCAAAGCAAAGCAGAAAUGAUUCAUAUAAACUCUCAAAAGGCCAAUGAGCAUUUGGUCAACGCAACUCCGUUCAAACAAGUAAUAAUCUAAGACUUCUGAUAUUUUUUUCUUUUAUUCCGGCUGAAUUGUUUGUCAUAUCUAUAUGAACUGAAUUAAUUACCUCUCCUUGGAAUUAUUUUACCUGAAAACUGCAUUUCUCUCAGCCAAUCUGCAUGAGGAAAUUUCUCUCACUUUCAAAUAUAACUCGUAAUCAUACUCCUACCUCGAUACCGCUAAAAGUUUUUAUUUUCCUUUUGCCGAGACUGAUAAUGAUUAAAGACCUUCAAGAAUACAAAAAUUAUAUUUUACCUAACCUGUCAAUGGAAAUUUUAGUAUUUGAAUAAGAGGGUGUUUUAAUUUGCACCACAUAAUGUAAAUUCGUACCUGAGGCACACUCACACAUAAAAGAAAACUAUUGAUAAAAACUACAGACAGUUGUCUCGCGCUUUGCUUAAUGUGAUUAUCAUUAUCAGGAAGGCAUAUUUACGAGUUAGGCGAGUGUUAGUAAGACGAAAUCUCUCCCGUUCCGAUCGGUGGUAGCCUCCAGUAAAAGAAAAUGACAGAGAGAAUGACUUUAAAAAACAGUUCUACGGAAGAUGGAAUGCACCCGAAUACCUUUCAAGAGCAGUUCUGUUUUCAAUCAUUGGUUGGUGAAUUACGACAGGAAUUAAUCUCUUUCUCAGUGGUUAACAUUGUCCUCUCCACGACAGCAUUUCUCGGGAAUUUUCUCAUCCUCGUCGCCCUUCAUAAGGAAUCUUCCCUCCAUCUGCCGUCCAAACUCUUAUAUCGCUGUCUGGCAGCAUCUGAUCUGUUGGUUGGUGUUGUUAGUCAGCCUCUCUUUGCUGCCUAUUGGAUGUCCUUGGUUCACGAGGAGUGGAAUCUCUGUCGAAACCUAUAUGACGCAGUCCACAUAGUGGGUUUUGCGUUAUGUCUAGUCUCCCUGUUCACGUCGACGGCCAUAAGCGUUGACAGACUUCUGGCCUUGUCGUUGAGACUAAGAUACAGGCAAAUUGUAACUCUGAAGCGCGUGAGAAUAAUUGUGGCCGCCUUAUGGCUUGUAUCCGGUUGCGCUGGUUUAUUCUACAUCUUGGAUCCUCGUAUAUCCUUUUGGCUUGGUCGAAUCCUAACCCCAUCUUGUCUUCUGAUCUCAAUCGCCUCGUACGCAAAGAUUUUCUGCACUCUCACUCACCAUCACGCUCUAGUGCAAGAUCAACUGGCAAGCCAAUCAAAUGCUCUGAACAUCGCGCGGUAUAAGAAGGCAGUGUACAGUGCAAUAUGGGUGCAGUUAGCAUUAGCUGUGUGUUUUUUACCAUACAACAUACAGGCGAAUGUAAUCAACCAUAGCCAAACAUAUUCAUCACAUUUCAUCGUCAUCUGGGGAAUAACGGUUGUUUUAUUUUUCUUCAAAUCAUCUUUAAACCCUGUUCUCUACUGCUGGAAGAUUACCGGAGUUAGAAAAGCGGUAAAGCAGACAAUCACUCAAGAACUUUGUUGUCCGCGGGGUUAA